AUGAAGUGCAUUAUUUUGGUGGCUGGUCAUGCCACCCGUCUGGAGCGUGAGCUCUGUGAGCAAGGCGGCACGUUUCGUCACCUGCGCAAUAUCCCCAAAGCUUUGCUGCCGGGCCCCGACGGCCAGGCACUGCUCGACCAGUGGUGGAAGGCAGUCUCGUCCGCCCGACAGCACUUUAGCGACGUCUUUCUCGUGACGAACGCGGCCAAGUACAAAAAUUAUGAGCGCUGGGCCACUGCCCGAGGCUUUCCACGUCAGAACAUCAUUAACGAUGGCACCACCAGCGGCACCGGUGGAAUCGGGGCAGUGGCAGACCUGCGGCUAGCACUGCGAUCCAAACGCAUUGACGAAGACAUUAUGGUCGUCUCCGGCGACAUGCUCUUUCACCCUGAAUCCUUUGAUUUAGACGGCGUGAUUGAGUUCUUCAAGCGCAACGAAGGUGAUCUGGCCUGCUACUACCAACUUGGGCCUGACGAAGACCCCUCCACGCGCGGUGUCCUCGAAGUGGACAACCAACAUCGCGUCACCAAGUUUGUGGAGAAGCCCACCCGAGCAGAGGACCGAGCCUCGAGAUUAGCCAGCGUGGUCUUUUAUUGCUUCCGCCAAGCAAGCUUGCAGAACUUUGAGUGCUUUCUCAAGGAGGUCGAAGGAAAGCACUCUUUUGGCGACUUUAUGGCCUGGCAUACCGCUCGUGAGCCCGUUUAUGGCAUGAAGUUGCCGGAUCACUUUGACCUCAUUGGCGAGGUGGGGCUCGAGGAGUAUCGCCGCUGCCUGGUCCAAAAGCGCGCUUCCUUUGACACGCCCGUCCAGGAAGCCACAACUUGCCGAGCCCAUGCUCGAGUAGGCUUGAUGGGCAAUCCCAGCGAUGGCUUCAACGGCAAAACCAUCAGUCUGUCCAUUGCAAACUACUGGGCUGAGGCCACUAUCGAGCCCUCGGCGCGCUUGGUACUAGAGCCACACCCUCUGAACGACCCCAACGAGUUUGGCGGCUUGGCUGACCUCUACACCAUCAGUCGCCGCGAAGGGUACCAAGGCGGACUACGCCUCAUGCAGGCAACCUGCAAGCGCUUUUUUGAGUAUUGCCGAGACCAAGGUAUUGCGAUUGCGCGUCGCAACUUUCGGCUGCGCUAUGACACCAACAUCCCACGCCAAGUGGGCCUGGCCGGAUCCUCUGCCAUUUGCACGUCCAUCCUUCAGUGCUUGAUGGCCUUUUACCACGUCACCGAGGCAGACAUCCCCCGCCCAAUUCAGCCGAGUUUUGUUCUCAGUGUUGAGACCGGCGAACUGGGCAUCAAUGCUGGUUUGCAAGACCGCGUCAUUCAGGCAUACAAUGGAUGUGUGUACAUGGACUUUGGAGCAGAGAUCAUGAAGCGUGGGCAUGGCAUCUAUGAGUACCUGGACACGAGCAAGCUGCCCCAGUUUUGGCUAGGAUAUCUUGCUGAUCCCUCGGAUUCAGGCAAGAUUCACUCGGAUGUGCGUCAGCGCUAUGAUGCUGGCGAAACUGCUGCCGUGGAAGGUAUGAAGCGCUUUGCAUCAUUUGCGGAGGAAGCCAAGCAGGCCAUUGAAGAAGGCGACCACGGUCGCUUGGCCGACCUGAUGGAUGCCAAUUUCAGCUUGCGACGUGAGAUUUAUGGCGAUGCGUGCCUGGGCGAGGCCAACCUGCGCAUGGUGUCGAUUGCCAAGAGCUUCAACUCGGCCGUCAAGUUUCCGGGCUCGGGCGGUGCAGUGGUUGGCCUGUGCCGGGAUGCCAGUCGCUUGCAGGAUCUGCGUGAGGCGUUUGAAGCCGAAGGCUUUGUGUUUGUCAUCCUAAAAGCCAACGAGGCUCGUGCGUAA